GCGCUGCUCUCCUUCCCAAGUAGUUUGUGGGCUGGAAACACAUGACAUCACACAUCCCGUCCUUAUCUCCAAAAUAGUAGAGCGUACGAUUUCGUAAAUAUAACAAACAUCAGGCGAGCGACCGUAGUGACGUUUUCAUCGGAAUAGUUUCCGGUCUGAGCCAAAUAACGUUUUGGGAUUGGCGCCUUUUUCCACAGCAGCAUCUAGGAGGCUGGCGGGGUUUUUCACGCUCAGGAGGAGGAAUGGCGAGAGGGGAGGCCACGGCUGAGGAGUGGGAGAGAGAUGGGGGCAUAGCAGAAUAAUAACAUCCCGGGUCACGUAUCGUACCUUGUUUUGUAUUUUGCGCCGGUAUCCGUCUCCCGUCAUGGAUCCAGAGAAAACGCUGACGUUCUGCCUUGGGUUGAAGGCCGAGGAGAUGACCAUGUCCCUGCAGGACUUGGAUGGCACAGAGUCUUCCACUACGGCACACCGUUCUGCAACGCCGGUGGUGACAUUUCACGAGAAUUCUGGCAACCAACCCGUAGUCAGUCCUAAAGAGUCUUCCACUACGGCGCACCGUUCGCAGCCUUCACCGCCAGUGGUGACAUUUCACGGGAAUUCUGGCAACCAACCCGUAGUCAGUCCUAAAUACUGUCCCGGGGUGAACAACAAGCCUGGCUACCUCUGUGAAACGGGCCAUUGCUGUGGAGAGACCGGCUGCUGCACCUACUAUUAUGAACUGUGGUGGUUCUGGCUGCUGUCGACCGUGGUGAUCCUGUUCAGCUGUUUCUGUGCGUACCGGCACCGCUGGGCCAAGCUGAGGCUCCAGCACCAGCAGAGACAGAGAGAAAUCAACCUGAUCGCCUACAACGGCGCCUGCAACUACCCGACCUCCAUGCUGGACCUAAGCUUCCUGGCUUCCUUCAAACUCCCGUCGUACGAGGAGGUGGCCGCUCAGCCCUGCACCCCUCCUCCCCCCUACAGCUCCGUCUUCGCCCUGCGAGGAGGAGGAGGAGGAGGAGGAGGAGGCGGGAGAGGAGGAGGUGCCCUAGGAGGCCCUAGCUCCUCCUACGCCCACGACCACCACCACCACCACCACCCCCACCCCCCCUGCCCUCCGUACCCCUACCCCGGCCCCUACCCUCCUACCCACGGCCCCUACCCCCUCAGCCAGUGGCCGUACCCGCCCAGCCAGGCCCCCAGCCACACCCCUUACCCCCCCAGCCACGGCCGCACCCCCGCCAGGAGCGCCAUGACCUCCUCCCAAAGCUCCGAUAACUACACCAGCUGCUCCUGCGAGUCCUGCUCCAUCACCUCCCCUUCCAGCAACUCCUUCUCCGUGCAGGUGACGGACGAGACCUACGACAGCAGCCGCGGCUCCACCCCCGGGGACGGCGCCGACCGGGCCGUCGCCAUCGCCAUGACGACCAGGCCCGGGCGCUCGGCGCCUCUCCCGCCCGACCCGUCCCCCAGCGCCGCCCCCGAAGGCGGGCCGCCCCGAGCCGCUAACAGCGCGGGGCGCUCGUUUCCCGCACUCUCCCUGAACCCCCCACGCCCGCCCCACCCACCCCGCUUCCCCCUCCCACCCCUCAUCCUCUCCCCCACCCUGGCCCCGCCCUCCUCCACCUCCUCCUCCCCCCCCCCGCCGGCCCCCUCCUCUGUGUCUCCUCCGGCCCGUCCGCUGGUCGUGUCUGACCCGCUGGGGGCGCUGGGGGCCAGCCGGGGGUACGGGACGGGGGGCUCCACCCCCGGCCUCCCCCCACCACCCUUACCCUUCCCCAAACACGCCCUCUUCUCCUCCAGCGUGGCGUUCUUCGAGCACCAGCGCUACGACGCCGAGCGCAAACAGCAAGUGGCCUCGCAGAGGGGGAUGGAGGAAGAACACCGAGGGGGAGGAGGAGAGGAAGAUGAUCUCGAUGAUGACGAUGAUGACGAUGAAGAUGACGAAGACCACUUCCGCCAUCGCAGGCUGACGGGCGACUCGGGUAUCGAGGUGUGCCGCUGCCACAUCAAGCGGACGGAAGGGGACGAGCCCGCGGUGGAGAAGGGCGGAGGCGGUAACCGGGGGAAACGAGGAGGAGGAGGAGGGGGGGGGGCGCUGGGAUACGGGGAGGGGGCAGAGGAGGUCCUGCACGACAGCGUGGACUGUUCCCUCCGUGCUCAAGCGGCGGCAGGUCGGCGCCCGUAUCAGCGAGCGGAGGCGACCGCGACCCCUGGGCUGCCCCACAAGGCGGGCAAGGCCACCGUCACCGUGGAAACGUCAUGAGCUGGAGGUCUGGCGACAGGAUUCAUCCGAAUUGAGGUACCGCAAAAUCCCAGCGACAGUCGGGACGGUUUACCUGCGGGGCCUAGCAGCACCUUCUGCUUUUCAGGAACAGAGGGUCAAAGGCUCAUAGGUGCCCAGCCUGCAAAAAUUGCUUGAAUUGAAAGGCUGAAUUAGAAGGUGUUAGCAUGUUGCUAACGGUGACUGGAGAUGGGUGGGUAAUAUGGAAGUGGGUUUUUACUUGCUGUUUUUUUUUUUUUAAUGAAACCGGUCUAUCUUUCCCAGAUAGACCGGUUUCUGUAAGGAAAUGGCUUCGGGGUCACUUUUUAUAUCCGUUUUCUCCAUUUUGUAUCUUCAAUUCACUGCAAGUAAGGAAAACAACGUAUACACACACAUACAACACGUAUACAGACUCACACUCCACACACAUACGUACAUUUUCUUUUAUGAUUUACUUUCCAAACUUCUCUGUCUUUGAAUCCAGCUGAGCAUGUGUCUGCCCAGUCACUAGCAGAUUAAUUUACUUGAUUAAUCCUUGCAGUUUGAAACCCAUUGCUAUUGAAAAGUCAGUUUAUUGUAUUAUAACGAGGCUAGAUGGACUGUUGUUUAUGAACAAAAUAAACCUUUCUCUGAAACAUAUAGAUAGAGAUUACACAUGAUCUGUUGAGGAUGAAGGGAAGACUGUUAAUGUGUAGUUAUGAAUUGUACAACAGAAAUACUUUCUAGAUUUAUUUAUCAUUGGUUGCAUUGACUGUUGACCACAUUGAGGGUUCCAAUAUUUUUAAAUGUACUUAUUCGUUUUAUAAAUCACUGCCAAAUUGUGCAGUUCCACAACAUGUUUUCAUGGUGAUUAGACACAUAAUUUAUUGGUUCUGUGAAUUAUGGCAUUAAUAAGCAUUUUGCCUUUAACAAAUAUUUUGUUUACUAUCGCCCAUAUACAACUUUUGGUUCGGUUGUGACACUACGCUAUCAGGUCAGCUUUAGGUUGCUUUUCUUUUUUAUUUCAGAGGCAAUAAUGAGCACUUACGGGAGAGAAACAACAACUCUACAUAUUUAAACUACAUGUCUUUAGCACACUGUGUCUUUCCUCCCUCAUUCAAGAUGGCCGAACUGAAAAGAAAGACUCAAAACAAAACAAAAGAUCUACUUGGGUGACAGAGCUUUAUAACGGAACUACAAUCCCUCUUCGUUUUGACUGUUAUUCAAACGUAUUGUGUCAAAGUUACCUUUGUAAUAGCUUAGUUAGGGGAACUUCAACCUAAUCUCAACUCUUUAAGAGCGCCCCUCCCCCUCCACCGUGAUGAUGGACUGUUUUUGUGAGGCAGGAACUGUUUAUAAAGCUGGCAUUCUUAGCGCGGCUUUCACCCACAUAUACCACAUGAAUGUAUAUGCAUUUGCAAUGGCAAGAAGAGAGACUGUUUACGAUCAAACUUGUUUGGCAUGUGAAAUCUUCACAGAGGAUACUCGGAAAGCCAUCCUGCUUAUUGUGAUCUUUUUCGUAGGAAUAUGUUUCACGGAAGACAAAGUGGUCUGAUCUACCAUGUACUUGUGGUCAUGCUCUUAACAUAUGAAACAUGAUUGAUAUCUUUUUUUGUUUAAGAACUUAGCUGAUUGAUUUCCACAGGUAAAACGUGCAGACAAUGAAAUUGUAAAAAAAAGAGCAUUCGUGUUACAAUAUUUAAUGUGGCUCCUUGAAAACAAACAUACAUGCAGCGUCUCACUUUGCUGGAGAACAUUUUGUAUUUGUGAUUUCUUUGAGUGGGUUGCAAAGUAUGCCGAGGCCAUAUUAAGGAAUCACAAUUUGCCUGGAGCUUACCUCUCACCUUCCUAUCGUUAGUUUCUACGGCACCCGGAUUUUUCUUUAUUCUGGAAAAUAUAUAGUUUAAGGGGGUCGGAUGUGAAAAUGUGUCCAGACGGAAGAGGCAGAUAUUUAAGAGACACUGAUGUCCCAAUCAAGGUGAAUAUAGCCUGAAACAUACAGGCUAAUAUUCUUCUGAUUUCCACUGCUACUUCACUACUGUACAUUUUUGUAUAAAAGAAAUAGAUAAAUAUCAAGUAUCACAACAAUCCCUUUUUUCUCAUUGGGUUGGGCUUUUAAAAGUAUAUUGUCUCUUGCAGUAUGUAUAUCGUGCCUAGAAGAUAAUAUAUUUUGCGUUGGACAUCAUGUCAUCAUUGUGCUGCUAUGUAUGUGUCUCCCGUUUGGCUGUAUGUACUCGUAUACCAAAAAUUUACUUUUGUUUUCCUAUCGAUACUUAAGCAGUCUCUUUAUAAAAUAUUCUCAGUACAAAGUACACGCACGAGACUUGCAGAACUAGUAUUUAGCAAUAGAAUAGUAAUCACACCUUUUUCCCUUGUUCAAGUGGGCAUUUGACAAAAAGAAAAGGACUUGUGAAAAGCGGUUGCGAAAAUGAGUUUACCUCGUUAUACUGCCCUGUAUUUGGCAAAGGGCAUGGCUCAUUGAUUGUACGUGGCUCUUUAUUUGGCAUUGACAACAGCUCAUUGUUCUCUGAUUAGGUGGAAGCAGACUUUAUCUGUCCCCGAUCUGAUACUGAGUUUGCCCAGUAAGACACUUGAGCCAAAGUAGUUUGUUCUCUCUUGCCUUUUCUAGCAGCUAAGUGUGUGUGUGUGUGUGUGUGUGUGUGUGUGUGUGUGUGUGUGUGUGUGUGUGUGUGUGUGUGUGUGUGUGCGUCUAUGAUCUCCCCUUUCAUUACUACCGACAGGCCAAGGCCCAAUGUAAGACUGUUACCUCGCUAAGAAAUGACUGCAAAGGACUGUUGACUCAACUUUUUUCCAGAUCGUAUUUAUUCUAUAUUUGUACUAUCUUAUUUUAAAAUGGUAAAACAUAAAUCAGUUUGUUUAGGUGAACAAGGGAAAAAAUUAAGAUAAAACCCCAGUUCGGACAGGACAUGGCCUACUUUUUAUAUUUUUUCCAUGUAGAAAUUAACAUUUCUGGUCGCUUACAUGAAUUGCAAGUGAGCAGUAGACUCUUUAGCAGCAUCUUACGUGGUUGUGGAAUAGUUUAAAGUAAUAUUAGCGAACAUGUGGCGUACAUUGAGGGUAUCCUAUUGUGCAAUUAUGACUUCUGCUCUUAUCCGUGUAGCAUACAUGUAUAAGAGGAAAGAAAUUAGUGGUUUGAUAUUAAAAACAAUUGCAGCUUAUUAUGAGGCCAAAGGUGAUUAUUGUUGGUGUUAGUUAACAUGAUAAUAUUUAUCAGUGUUGAUAUCUAAACCUAGGCCUUUUUCAAUAGUAUGUCAGAACAGAAGAAAAUAUCCCAUUGUACAUUUGUUUUUCUUGUUGUGUAUUGUACUGAAAAUCCUGAUGCAUAUUGUACUGUAAAUGCUCACAGAUAAAUACAUUCACUUUAUUGGUGCCUAGUUGCUUGCACCCAUCAUGUCUUUUUGAUAUAGCUGUGUUGUAACGGUUGAUUUGGCAUUUUUAAAUGAAUAUUUUCUUGAUUUUGGGUUAUCCACUGUAUUACAUAAACAUUUGCAUCUCUUUAUUCAACCGAGACUUUGGAUCCUGUGUCAAAAAAUAAAAGGUACCUCGUGCUA